AUGUCGUCUGACAAAGUCACAACAAACCAAAAUGAGAAACAACUAGACAGAGCCGACACCGGCAAGACUGCCGUCACCGAAUCACUCCCCUUCAAAGCCCAUACCGCCCUCUCUGAAAAGGUCCUGGAAGCGCUGGGAAGCAAUCCCACCACCGGUCUCAAGGAGAGCGAAGUCCCACCAAAGCUCGACCAGUAUGGCCUGAACCGUCUCAAACCCCCAAAGAAACCCAGCGUCUUCAAGAUUAUUUUGAGACAGAUCGGAAAUGCCAUGACUCUGAUCUUGAUCGCUGCUAUGGCCACUUCUUUUGGUACGACCGACUGGAUCAGUGGCGGUGUCAUUGCCGCCCUCGUGCUUUUGAAUGUAUCUGUUGGUGCCUAUACCGAAUGGCAAGCCGAAAAAACUGUGGCAAGCCUCGAAUCGGUCGGUGCCCCGCAAGCCACUGUCGUCCGUACUCGUGAAGGCUCCGGCGAAGGCGAUACCAAAACCAUCCCCGUCGAAGAAGUCGUCCCUGGUGAUAUCGUCCUCCUCAAGAAUGGAGAUAUCGUGCCCGCCGACGGCCGUAUUCUGGACGGACAUAUCAGCAACCUGGAGUGCGAUGAGGCUUUCCUCACUGGUGAAAGUCUUCCCGUUGCCAAGCAAUCUGAACCCAUCGAUGAAGAAGACUGUCCUGUCGGCGAUCGUCUCUGUAUGGUCUUUUCCGGAUCCCAAGUCACCAAAGGCCGCGCCCGAGUCAUCAUCACCCACACCGGUAUGGGCACCGAAAUCGGCAAGAUCGCACAAGCCCUCGAAGGCAAAGCAAAGAACAACCGGAAAGGUUUCGGCGCAUUCUGGUGGAAGACCAAGGUCCUGUUGGGUGUUGAAGAGACGACGCCUCUGCAGAUCAAGUUGAACAAGCUGGCAUACUUCCUCCUCGCCUGGGCUAUCAUCAUCGCCAUCAUCGUCGUCGCCUCUACCGGCUUCCAGAACAUCCCCUUGUCCAUGGCCACCUACGCCGUAGCCGCUGCUGUCUCCAUCCUCCCCGCUUCCCUCAUCGCUGUCGUCAGCCUGACAUUGGCCAGAGCAUCAACCGACUUGGCCUCUAGGAACGCUCUCGUCAGGCGUAUGGACGCUAUCGAAGCCUUAGCAGGAGUGGAGAAUGUCUGUUCCGACAAGACUGGUACACUCACUGUAGGCCGUAUGGUCGUCCGCAAAUUCUGGGUCCCCACCAUCGACCACCGUCCCUCCCAUCCCUCACCGCUCGACACCAAAGGCGGCCAAGCCUAUUCAUUCGAAACCGGUUCAGACCCCUUCUACCCCCGGGGCGUCGUCCGCGCCGACCAGUCUACCGACUCCUCUUCUUCUUCCGAGGACCCCGAUGACCGGGAAGUCGAAAACCAAGAACAAGUCGUGCAUGUAGAAGAACUCGAAGAUGGCUUGCGUAAACUCGCGCUCUGCGCUUCUCUGUGCAACGUCGCAACGCUCUCAAGGCCAGUGGAUGAAGAUUCCCAGUGGGAAGCGAACGGCGACCCUACAGAAGUCGCUCUCCAAGUCGCAGCCCACAAACUCGGGCACGGCAAACCUUUCCUCACGCACCACGGCAAACACGCCUCCGCCGGCGGCAAAGUAGGCAAAGCUGACUCUGUCCGUUCGGGGCACAGCGCCAGACCUCUAGUCUUUGGUGUGAAUGGGCAUUUCGAACAGCUCGUCGAACACCCAUUCGACUCUACAGUCAAACGCAUGUCUAUCGCCUACACAUUCCACCCCGCCGACUCCUCCUCGCACGCUCAGCCGCAAGACGGCUACGUCGCAUGUUUCCUCAAAGGCGCCGUCGAGCGCGUCUUUGAGCGCUGCACGAAAGUAGGCGACAAGGGCGACGAAUUGACAGAAGACAAGAAGGACGACGUGUUGAGAAAGGUGGAUGCUUUAGCAGCUCAGGGGUUGCGUGUCCUCGCGCUUUGCGGGAAAACGUAUCCCGGCAAGAUGGCCGACGAAAUCAAGCACAUGCCCCGCGACGGAUUUGAACAAGAUUUCACCUUUCUCGGGCUGGCUGGUAUCUACGACCCUCCCCGCAAAGAGUCCCCCGGCGCUGUGGCAGACUGUUACCGCGCGGGAAUCACGCCGAGGAUGCUUACGGGUGACCACCCCGCUACGGCGACGGCUAUUGCGCUCAGUAUUGGGAUUCUGGAGAAGAGUUAUGGGAAGGAGUCGGUUAUGACGGGGCAGCAGUUUGAUGCGUUGAGCGAUGAGGAGGUGGAUGCGUUGCCGGAACUGCCUCUGGUGGUUGCUAGGUGUGCGCCCGAGACCAAGGUCCGAAUGGUCGAUGCGAUCCACCGCCGAGGACAAAAGACAGUCAUGACAGGUGACGGCGUCAACGACUCGCCCGCUCUCAAACGUGCCGACGUCGGCGUCGGUAUGGGUACUGGCUCGGACGUCGCCAAGCAGUCGUCGAGGAUCGUCUUGAGUGACGACAAUUUCAGUACCAUCAUCAGAGCUAUCAGGAAGGGAAGGUCUGUGUUUAAGAACUUGGCCAAAUUCUUGCUUUACUUGCUUUCCGGUAACUUGGCUGAAAUUAUCGUGCUCAUGAUCGGACUCGCAUUCAAAGACCAAAACGGUCAAUCCGUCUUCCCUCUCUCCCCCGUCGCCGCCCUCUGGAUCAACACUCUCGCCGCCGGUCCUCCCGCCCUCGCUCUAGGAUUAGAACCCACCGCCGUCGACGCGAUGGAACAGCCCCCUUCAUCGUUCCACCAGAUCUUCACCCUCGAAUUCUACAUCGACCUCAUCUUUUACGGGUUCUUGAUCGGUUCGCUGAGCUUGGUCAACUUUGUCAUCGUUCUUUGGGGCUACUUUUCCGGCAACUUGGGUAUGGAAUGUAACGAAGGCGACUCGGACAUUUGUUCCUCCGUCUUCCAAGCUCGCGCAACCUGUUUCGCCACUUUGGUAAUCAUCCUCAUGAUUCACGCUCUCGAGUGCAAGCACUUUUACAAGGGUCUUUGGCAGAUCAACCUGCGAGACAAUAGGAUCUUGCUGUGGUGUGUUGUUGUGCUCGUGCUUACUACCUUCCCCGUGGUCUACAUUCCCCGAAUCAACGACGACGUCUUCCUCAUCGGCGGGCUCAAAUGGGAAUGGGGGAUCGUAUUCGGCAUGAUCUUUGUCUACUUGCUCGCUGCUGAGGGGUACAAGUACGUCAAGCGAGUGUGGAAGAGGAGGCAUGACCCGGUACAGGCUGGGAAGGGUGGGGAUAAGACGUUGAAGAUGGAGAGCACUAUUGCGCCGCCCGUCUAA